CCUCCACCACAGAGUUGCCAGAAGCAAAACGAAGACCAGCAAAAAAGAGAUCAGCGGUGGAGGGGCUGGAAACAAAUCGGCUGAUUGGCCUCUGAUCAGCGGAGGAACCGGGUCCCGACCUGCCCAGCGCUGCCUCGGUUCUGUUCCGGAUUAAUACGUGGCAGAGUACCGAGCAUGUCCCGCUCACUGAGCUGAAGUCCCCGCCGCUGAAGGAGAGGAGAACCGGGGCGAGCCUGUUUGAACGUGGUGAUGGCUAACUGCACCAGCAUGCAGUAUGAGCCUGUGGCAGAAAUCGGAGGUGGUGCCUAUGGGACGGUGUACAAGGCCCGUGAUACGGAGAGCGGAAAGUUUGUGGCCCUAAAGAACGUGCGUGUACAGACGGACCAAAAUGGGCUUCCGGUCUCCACGGUCAGAGAGGUGGCUCUGUUGAAACGAAUGGAGCAGUUCGAUCACCCCAACGUCGUCAGGCUCAUGGACGUAUGUGCCACCCAGAGGUCGGACCAGGAAACUAAAGUCACUUUAGUGUUUGAGCAUGUGGACCAAGAUCUGAAGACGUACUUAGCGAAAGCUCCAGCUCCAGGAUUAUCUGCUGACUGCAUUAAAGACUUGAUGAGGCAGUUGCUGUCCGGCCUGGCGUUUCUUCACUCUAACCACGUGAUGCACAGAGACCUGAAACCUGAGAAUAUCCUUGUGACCAGCCAGGGCCAGGUGAAGCUGGCUGACUUCGGCCUCGCCAAGAUCUACAGCUGCCACAUGGCUCUCACUCCUGUGGUAGUGACUCUGUGGUACCGGCCUCCAGAAGUUCUGCUGCAGUCGUCUUACGCCACUGCUGUUGAUAUUUGGAGCACCGGCUGCAUCUUUGCUGAGAUGUUUAGACGCAAACCCUUGUUCUGCGGAGAAUCGGAAAUGGACCAGCUUGGAAAGAUUUUUGAAGUUAUUGGCUUGCCGCAGGAGGAGGAGUGGCCGACCGAUGUUACAGUACAAAGAAAAAACUUCCCCCCUCCCAAGGCGCGUCCGAUCACCGAUUUUGUUCCCGAGAUAAAUGAGCAGGGGGCUCAGCUGUUGAUGCAAAUGCUGACCUUUGAUCAUUUGAAACGGAUAUCUGCCCUCAACGCUCUAGAACAUCCAUAUUUCCAGGAGGAGGAGAAAAAAAGCUGAAAUCAGACUGCAGAAACACGCAGAAGAAUGCAACAGUGUCUUUAAGCUUAGUAUUUCAUCAAUGCAUUUCCCUUUUAGUACAGCCUGUGUUGUGAAAUUUUUCUCUGAUAUUCCUGGAUCAGAAACCAGAGAAUCAGGAGGAGAAGAUAACAUUACUGGCUUCUGAACUUUUCACAAUUACGGAUGUUACGAUUACCAACAGUACCAGUGUUUUUAAAAUGCAAAAUGUCUGCAGGGACUGGUAUCGUCUCAUCUGCGGCGCUGCUCAUUAGUCAGAAUAAUGCCCACCCUGAUUUUUAUAAUGUGUUCUGAUAUUUCUUCAUCUGAACCAAGAACAAUGCAAGUCUGAGAGGACCUAUUAGCUACAGUUAGUGACAACCACUGUAUUCAAAUCAUGAGAAAGCAGUUAAAAUAACAUGCACAAUUUUAAAAGUACUGACAUGGCUCUGUAAUUAUGUCAAAAAGAGAAGGUUUUGUUUUUUUUGUGAAUUUCAUUUCAAGUUUUAUUUUGGUUACACAGGAAAAACGACCUGAAACCAACCAGCACUGGGACCACAAAUAAAUCAGACCUGAUUCAAUUACUGUCAGAUACAAUUUUUUGUUUUACUUUAACGAUGAACUAUAUAAAUGAAUAAAUGUGAACAAUGCAUAAUAACUGAA